GAAAAGCCCUUUUGGCCCAUUAGUUUUUUUUUUUUGCCUUUCGAGCGGGGCUUUUUCUUAUAGAGGGUUUGGAGGAAGCGGGCUUUAGUAAGGACAACUAGAGUUGCAAGCGACGACGACGACGACGACAAGGCGAUAAAACGAACGGGUUGAAAAUCGUAACUUGGGUCUUGGACGCGGCCGGCCGCCAAAAACCAGUUUUUUUCUUUGCGCGGCCAUCACCAUCUUUUUGGCCGUCCUUUGGGAAGAACUCUUUUAUAGAACACAUUACGGUUGAUACCUCUUGCGAAACAAUUUACAAAGAAAACCGCCAUAUAUCCCAUAGUGUGAGACUUUUUCAUACCCCGCAUUUCCGUCCGAACAUUGGGCCAUUACGAGAAUACUAUUCCCUAUCACCCCAACAUCAUGUCACAGGAUCAAGUCAUGGAUAUCGCUAGUACGCAUUACGAACGACUACGGUCAUACCUGUCCGCAUACCUCCAAAGUCAGCGGGCGUCGGGGAAUCAGAGCAAUCAGCGGACGUCAGCACGAGAAAAGUUGACGAGGCUAACUAAACAGCAGUUUACAGAGCUGUCCACAGAUGUGUUUGAUGAGAUGAAUCGAAGGCAGUUGGAUUCAAAAGAGGUCCCCUUUCUUCCCGUCCGAGACGACUUUCACCCCAAACGCAACCAAGCCCGCCAAAAACUCGCCACCCUCCCCAGUUCCCGCUUCAAAGACCUCGCCAGCGACGUAUACUACGAAAUCGAACGCCGUUUCCCAACCAUCGUAGAAGACUAUAAUGCCAAAUACGGGACCCUCGAAUCUCCAGAUCGCAUUGCAUCCGCACCAAUCACCAAUGGUCCACAAUUAUCGUUAUCUCCUGAACCCAAGACGGUGCAAGUCACCAGCGCCGUGCCAUAUGCCAAUACCCAAAUGUAUGAGACACAGUAUUCGCAGCCGUAUGAAGGGAAGGCGUUGUCGGCUCCUGCGAAUGGACCAAAGAGUGCAGAGAUUGGAGCUGUCAAUUUUACGUCGUUGGAUAAUUUGAUGGCGGAUUUGGGGAGUAUGUUGACGAGUCCCAAAGGGGGUUAUGACGCUGCUGGAUCUGCUGAUGUUGAAAAAUUGAAGAAAGAGUACGAAGGCAUGCAAGCCCGUGUCAAACAACUUGAACUCGAACUCGCAGAAACAUUGAAGAGCAAAGACAGGGUAGCUGACCUAGAAGAUAAGCUGGGUGUUCAACACAAGAUCAACGCCGAACAAGCCGCAAAACUAGAAACCCUUGAUGCAAAGUACACAAAGCUAAAGGAAGAUUUCGAGUCGCUUCAAGAUGAUUAUAAUAAUCAGCAACAGAUUGCAAAUGAUAUUCGAUCGGAGGCGACAAACUUAUUGGAUGAAAUCAAAUCCUUGUCUCGAAAAAAUGAAGAGUUGGUUGCGGAGCGGGAGCGGGAUAAGGGUGUUAUUAAGCAGUUACGGGAUGAGCUGGCUCGAUACCGAGGGGAAGAAGGUGCAAGUGGACCGAGGGAUACGCCCAAUAUUGAUUUCAAUCGAGAUGAUCUUGGAGAUGAUGAUGGGGUGAUUGAUCGGAGUCGGGUGACGGCGUACCAAAGUGCUGUGGAUGAUCUUUUGCGUGCUGCUCGCUCGGAUGUACCCACCAGCGUCCUAGUAGCCAUGAAAGCCAUCGUAAUAGCCUGCAAAAACAUUACCGAAGACACUGAAACCUUUGAAUCCACCUCAUCGUCUCUAACCGACAGCGAACGGGACCAACUGGCAGACACAAAGAACCAAUUAGCGGGUGCACUCAAUAAUUUAAUGAAUGCGGCCAAAGUCCAUGCGACGAGUUUGGGGAGUGCGAAUGUUGGGGUGUUGGAUGGGGCUGCUACGCAAUUGACGUCGACGAUUGUGGAGUUGGUUAAAUGUUUGAGGUUGAAGAGGGGGGAGGAGAGGGUUCGACCAGAGAGUUUUGAGAUUGAUGAAUUAAAGAUUUUCCUCGAAAAACAAACUGACCAAAUCGUGCAAGCCAUCCAAACCCUCCUCAUCGCCAUGCGACAAACCAGUACCCUCACCCCCGACUUUUCCGCCACCGUUUCCGGGAUUACCUCUAUAGUAGACAACCUCGUCACCGUCUCUCAAUCCACCUUGUCCAAACCAUCUGCAAUGGAAUUCCGGUCGAGAGGUGAAGGUAUUUUAUCGGAUUUGAGUGCGGCGAAUGUUCGGUUGGAGGAGUUGGGUAAGAGUAUGGUUUCUGAGCCGGGGUCAAAGAGUUUGAAGCAGAGGUUGGCGAGUAGUUCUUAUGAGAUUGCAAAGUAUGUCAAGGAACUCAUUAGUCUUAUUGAAUGAUUUGGAAUGGUUUUUUUUGUUGCGUUUUGCAAAUGGGCGCCUUUUUUUUUUUGGGAGUAUAGGAAUAGGAUGGUUGUGUGGGGUAUAAACAAAAACACAGUUUUAUAAUGCGAGGAACUUUUUUUGCAAAUGGUUUUCUUUUGUAUGUUUUCGAUAAUACAAGCACCCC